AUGGCUUUCACCAUCCCAGAUCUCCAAGAUCCAAAGUCCCAAGCAUAUAAAAAGGCGCGCCAGCAGUACUACAAGGCCACGAAAAACAGGCCUACAAACUGUGAAAUCGAUUGGUCUCCAUUCAGGGCAGCGGAGAAACGCUACAAAGCACGCUUUCCUCUCCCAGAUCUCUCAUCCGUUCUUGAUCUCGCACUUCUCGACAAUGCCCGGCAACCAGAGAUAGAACGAGGCGUAUGGAAAGGUUCUCUUAAUGCCGUUCACUACGCGCAAUUGCCUUCCAAAACUACCGCCUCAACACCAGCAUACUUUAUUCCGAGCUUGCCAGGUUUGGUGAUCUUGCCGUCUUUCGUCUCUCCGGAAAAACAACGCCAACUUGCAAAGUGGUCUCUCAUUAAGCAUGCGCGACACCCUAACGAAACGAACCUCGAUACUCAUUACGAACUCCCAGUCGAUGGACUCUGGAAGUCUUACCUCCUCGCUCGAGAGGACUCCAGCAAAGAUAUUUUAGUUCACCCAAAAGCGUUGUAUUCACAAGAUACAGAACUUCCAAAGCCAGGUCCGCGCCAACUGGUCGAUAACACCCCAGCUUCCCUUGACAACUUUCAGACUCUAUCCUUGACCCCAAAGCCCCCCCAGGCUCCGUCGCCUACAAUUCGGGCAACUUUGGUUUCGUCCCUCUUAUACAAACUACGAUGGGCAAAUAUUGGAUGGUACUAUCACUGGGGCACAAAGCAAUAUGAUUUCAGCAAAGGGAAGGGUGUAAUUGAUGAAGAAUUGCGAGAUGUGUGCAAUAGUGCAGUGGCAGCUGUUGACUGGGACCAGGUGUUUGCGGGUACCGACGCUGAAUGGGGCGAAGCUGGAUCAGAAUGGAAAUCGUGGGACAAGACUUAUGAACCUGAUGCUGGAAUUGUGAAUUUCUACCAGACAAAGGACACCUUGAUGGCCCAUGUUGACCGGUCUGAAGUUUGCGCGACGUCACCACUAGUAUCCAUCUCUCUGGGUAAUGCAGCAAUAUUCCUGGUCGGAGGUCUUACCAGGGAUAGCGAGCCUGUGCCUAUACUUCUUCGCUCGGGCGAUGUAAUAAUCAUGUCGGGGCCAACAUGCAGACGUGCGUACCAUGGGGUUCCGAGAAUUUUGGAGGAAACUCUGCCCCCGCAUCUGAGGACUGCUUCUUUAGAUGAGCAGGAUCGCAGUGAUUGGCAGGCAUAUGAAGAUUAUCUUUGUACGACGAGAGUUAACAUCAAUGUACGACAAGUAUUUCCAAAGGGCUUCAAGCCCACAGUGUAA